GCUCUCGCCUGCCUAUCGGCUCCCUUUCUUGCUUGACAUUUUGCUGGCCCUUUCCUCGAAGAUUGAGGGGGCUCAGACCACAGCCUGCGCUGGGAAUGGAGACAGAGGUGGCGGCUCAGGGAAAACAAGGCUACCAGUGAUGGUGAUGGGAAGAUAUUGGGCUAGGACAAGCAGCAGGAGCAAACUAUUGCCAAGGACCUGGUUGUGACCAAAUAUAAGAUGGGGGGUGACACCACCAACCAGAUACUUCAGUCCUUGUUAGAAGCAUUUAGCUCAGAUGCCUUGAUUAUGGAAGAAACAGGGAAAGUCUUAGAGAAAAUAAAGGAAAUGAAAAAAGGUAUUGCUUUUCCCACCAUCAUUUUGGUAAAUAACUGUGUAUGCCACUUCUCCCCUUUGAAGAGCGACCAGGAUUAUAUUCUCAAGGAAGGUAAGUUGGUAAAAAUUGACCUUGGGGUCCAUGUGAAUGGCUUCAUCACUAAUGUAGCUCAUACUUUUGUGGCCAAUGUAGCUCAGGAGACCCAAGUAAUAGGGAGGACAGCAGAUGUUAUUAAGGCAGCUCACCUUUGUGCUGAAGCUGCCCUACACCUGGUCAAACCUGGAAACCAGAACACACAAGUGACAGAAGCUCAGAACAAAGCUGCCCACUCAUUUAACUGUGCUGCAAUAGAAGGUAUGCUGUCAAACCAGUGCAAGCAGCAUGUCAUCGAUGGAGGAAAAAAUCAUUAACCAGAAUCGCACAGACCUGCAGAAGGACCAUGAAAAAGCUGAAUUUGAGGUACAUGAACUAUAUGCUGUGGAUGUUCUCUUCAGCUCAGGAGAGGGCAAGACCAAGGAUACAUGACAGAGAACCACUAUUUACAAAUGAGACCCCUCUAAAUAGUACAGACUGAAAAUGAAAACUACAUGUGCCUUCUUCAGUGAGAUGGAAAGGCAUUUUGAUGUCAGGUCACUUAUUUAAGAGCAUUUUAAGAUGAGAAGAAGCCUCAGAUGGGUGUGGUGAAGCGAGCCAAACAUGAACUGCUACAAUCAUUUAAUGUUCUCUGUGAGAAGGAGGGUGAAUUUGUUGCCCAGUUUAAGUUUACAGUUCUGCUCAUGCCCAUUGACCUUAUGCAGUAAACCAGU